GGCACGCCUCCAAAGUUACUCUCCGAAUUAAACCUCCCCUCUCUCUCUUUCUCUUUCCGUGUGUGUUUGUGUAUAUAUAUAUAGAGAUAUAUCACUAAGAUAGCAAGCAUUCAAGGUGUCAAAAAUGAUGAAGUUCAAGACAAAGACUAAGUUGUUCAUGAGAAGUAGCAGUAGCAGUUCAAACUCAAAGCUAAGUGGUGGUGGUUGUGGUGGUGGUAAUAGUGGAGAGGAGAUAGAGUGGGAGUUGAGGCCAGGAGGGAUGCUAGUUCAGAAGAGAGAAAGUGGCAAGGGUGGUGCAGAGAUCAUUAGGGUUAGGGUUAGGGUUUCUAUGGCUUCACUCUCACAUGAUAUCUCCAUUUCUGCCACCUCUACUUUUGGGGAGUUGAAGAUGGUGCUAUCAAUGGUGACUGGUUUAGAGGCAAGAGCCCAAAGGAUCCUAUUCAAAGGAAAAGAAAGAGAGGAUGGAGAUCAUCUACACAUGGUGGGGGUCAAGGACAAUGACAAAGUGCUCUUGUUGGAGGACCCCUGCCUUCAAAGAAAAAAAGAACCAUUUAAGUUCCAUAGAAAAAAUAAACCAAGUCAUGGCAAGCCCUUGUCAUUCAGCUGCCAUUAAAGUCUAGUUUGGACUUGGAGUAUUAAUUAAUUAAUUAAUUAAGACUUCUUUCAUUUUCUCACAUUCAUGCAUGCAUUGCAUGGCUGAGGUUAUGGUUAAUUACACAACUGACAACAAACAUGAGACUCUCUCUUUCAAUGUUUUAGGUUUGGGUUGUGAUGGUUGUUGAUAUUUAAUUAAUUUCAUGUGAGUGUGAUGUUAUGUAUGUAGAGAGAGAUUAGGUAA